AUGGGACAUUGUGUGUUAGUGCCAUCGCAAUCUACUGCUUCCGUAAUCCAGUCCGUGAUAGCUGAUCCUAUAUUCGUGUCCUUUGAUUCCUAUUGCGUGUUUCGUGUUCCGAAUUCCGUGGGUACUACUAUAACAGCUACUACUACAGCCACUACAAAUUGGCGUCGCGUGGUGGAGCUUCCAACGAUUGAGCAACUGAACCUGCAGACAACCCCAUCUGGGAUCGAGGAAUGGGUCAAACGAUUAGAACUGUGGUGCAGUAUUCGUAAAGGUGGUGAACAGAAUUAA